GUCGUCUGGACGACUUCGAUUCCCAGACCAAGUCCUCACUUAUUCCCUCCCGAGGUCCUUAGCAACCUUGUCACAGCGCCCUCAACCUCCCCAACGUUCUCAGGGUCCCGUUUCUGCUCAACGCCCCUGCUGGAUUCGUGCCCCGAGGCCAUGGGAUGAUGCAGCAAGGCAUCCCUCGCCGUCUUGACAUGCCCACUUCCCAAAGACACUCAUAAAGACCAGCACCAGCACCAGCACCACCGUUAUGUUAUAGUCACCUCUCCCACACUGCCACCACUCCCAACACUCCCACCACAGAGACACACACCACGGGCCAGGCCGCCCUGCACAGAGCAACACCUUGCCGAGCCCCUACAGCUUCAUGUCUGGUGUCAAGGAAGCUCUCCCGUGUCACUCGGCCGAACAAACACCCACCCGAGCUCCAUUUCUGCGUCGCCGCGCCUUGUGCGAGUGCGACUACGACUGCGACUGCACCUGUGCAACACCUCCAUCCUGGACGGCAGUUUCCAGCCAUAGCAUACCAGUAUACAACGCUUCUUCAUUUCUGCGACCCAGACCAGCCGCCCUUCUCGCCAGUUGCCGCACCAGCAAUUGCAGCUCAGGCCCCUGCCUGUAUUCGCUCUGACUUCGCUCUGGAUCCCACGCUUGACAACAUCUUGCAACAGCUCCAGUCACCUGGCUCAACGCUUCUGCCCUCCAGGACCCCUUCCGACUGUUCAUCAGACCACAGCUGUUGUUGGCCUGGUCGAAAAACGCACUCAUGCUAGCCGUUCAGCGUCCCAGGAUGGGUUCGUCGCAGCCGAAUGACGGCACCAGACUGCCAUUUGGUUACAUGUCUGAGGACCAGCACCCAGACCCCUCCCUGUUCGAUUUCCUCCCACAUCCCCCGCCCGACCCUGCGCCCGGCAAUCCCAUCCUCACCACCGCCGAGGAGAACGGCCUGGCAAACAUGUUGGCUGGCAUGGUGUCCAACGGCUAUGGCGAGCAGAACUUUGGCGAAGGAUUAACUGCCGACGAGUGGAUGAUGCCCCCGAAUCUGAUGGCCACCGCCACCUCGUACGGCCUCCAUCCUCAACUUAGCCACAUGCCAGACAAUCUUCUCGGCGACGCCUUCUACCAGGAAAACACCCCUCAGACAUUCGCAACCAACAACUCCAUGCUUGCGUCCGCUCCACCCGCAACAGCCACACCAAAUGGCUACGCAGCUGCCGGCCCCUCACAACCGACCGCAUCGACACCCGUAACAGGCGCACACCCAAACACCUACACAACAAGUGGUCCCCCACUCACCAACGCGUCCCCUGUACAUCACCACCCGAUUGACCAGCCACAGCCGUCAGAGGACGUUUUGGCGGCAGCAAAUGUCCUACACAGCGGGUCUCAUGGCCGGUCGCACAGUCUUCAACACGAGACCAUGUUCUCGAAUGCUCCACAGAGGACGAACAACAUGGGGCCCCCAGUCGGCCACUUGAGGCACCAGCAAUGGAGCGAGUUCAAACAAGAAGGAAGGCGCAUGUCACAGUCCACCCACGCGGCUGAGCAAGAGGCGGCCUUUUCUAGCUGGAUCUAUGGUGCCGAGGCCCAGCCCAGCCAGAGGGGUGAUCCGCCGCGGGCUCCGGUAGACUUGCAGUACGGCACGGAUCAGAGCUUCAGCAACAACAACCAGCCAUUUGUGCCCUCAAGCGACAAGGACAGUUCGGAAGCAAUACAAAAAGAACAUAUGCGGUACUUCAGCGCUAUAGAACUGUCAAAAAGUACAAAUACGACUCGGCCGACGAGUCCGGUCAUUAGUACUGAGAGUCUUCCCUUCAACCUCAAGACCCGCGCGCCACCACCGAUCAAGAUCGAGGCGAAUGGUGACGGUGGGAAGAAAUGGCGCAAGGGCAAGCAUGAAGAAGACGACGAUGACGACGAGCCACAGUCCGCCGUGUCCAAAUCAUCGGCACGGAAACGAAAACAGAAAGUCGAUACCUCCCACUCUCCCGGUGGAGUCGCCGAGGCCGCAGGCUCCGGGAAGCGGAGAAAAUCCUCCGCCGCAGCCAAGAGGGAGAAUUUGACCGAGGACCAGAAACGCGAGAACCACAUCAACAGCGAAAAGAAGCGAAGAAAGGUCAUACAGACCGGGUUUGAGAACCUGGCAGUCAUCGUACCUGCAAUCAAGGGUAGCAAUCCCAGCAAGAGUGCCAUGCUCGAGGCCGCCGUCGCAUGGCUGGAGGAGCUGUUGGACGGCAACGAAACACUGAAAGGGCAGCUGUCCCAACCUAUUUAGCGUUCUUGAGCAAAAAGUCCUGUUUUCCAUAUUUUUCUGCAUUACUUUCAGCCACGCGGCGUCGGCGGCCGAUGAAGAUCAUAUCUGGCAUGGAAAGCCCGAGCGGCGGGUUGGGGAAGGGGAGGUUGGUGUUGUAGGACGAGGUUGAGUGGUCAUGUACCUCGUUCGCGUAGCCCAUAAAGGGUCUAUCUUUGCUUCAUUCAUGGCGUUUCAUGGGCCUCGGGAGUAUUGGAUGCUCGGGGCAAAUUUCAGAUUGGGUAGGGAGUCCUUCUAUUGGGCGGUAGGGAUGACUUUGGCUUCUUCCCUCGGUUGAUAUCCACAUUGCUGGCCGGGUGGUCUUGGAUUAACGGGAUGGUUGUCGGUCGAAUGACUGGGUGGGAAUUGCCAGCCGCGUAUUUAUAAUGACGACUGGUUGGACGGAAGAUGCUUCUACGAAUCAAGCGAGGAUCGCCAGAUCCAUGCCUAUUCUUCUCUUCUCCCGUCCCUCGUGCAGUGUGCUGAUACUCGGGGAAGUCUCUCGUAGUGCUCUUCAC